GCGGCCCGGGCGGGCUGGCAGCGAGAGUGGGUGCGAGAGCCGCCUCCGCCUCUGCCGCCUCCGCCGUCGCCUCCUCCGCCCGGGCCGUUCGCUGCUGCGCGGGGAGAGCGAGGCGGGGCCGCCGGGGCCGCCAUGGAGCCCGACUCGGUGAUUGAGGACAAGACCAUCGAGCUCAUGUGUUCUGUGCCAAGGUCUUUGUGGCUAGGCUGCGCCAACCUGGUAGAGAGCAUGUGCGCACUGAGUUGCCUGCAGAGCAUGCCCAGUGUCAGAUGUCUCCAGAACACUUCAGUUAUGGAGGAUCAAAAUGAAGAUGAGUCCCCAAAGAAAAAUACUCUUUGGCAGAUAAGUAAUGGAACAUCAUCAGUGAUCGUCUCCAGAAAGAGGCCAUCAGAAGGAAACUAUCAAAAAGAAAAAGACUUGUGUAUUAAAUAUUUUGACCAGUGGUCUGAAUCAGAUCAAGUGGAAUUUGUGGAACACCUUAUUUCACGAAUGUGUCAUUACCAGCAUGGACAUAUUAACUCUUACCUGAAGCCCAUGUUGCAGCGGGACUUUAUUACCGCUUUACCAGAGCAAGGCUUAGACCACAUAGCAGAGAACAUUCUUUCCUACCUGGAUGCCAGAUCUCUGUGUGCAGCAGAGCUGGUGUGUAAAGAGUGGCAGCGAGUGAUCUCGGAAGGAAUGCUUUGGAAGAAGCUGAUUGAACGGAUGGUGCGCACUGACCCUCUGUGGAAGGGACUUUCAGAAAGAAGAGGGUGGGAUCAGUACCUGUUUAAAAACAGACCAACAGAUGGCCCUCCCAAUUCAUUUUAUAGGUCAUUAUACCCAAAGAUUAUCCAGGAUAUAGAGACCAUAGAGUCUAACUGGCGGUGUGGGCGGCACAACCUGCAGCGGAUUCAGUGCCGCUCUGAGAACAGCAAAGGCGUCUACUGCUUACAGUAUGACGACGAGAAAAUUAUCAGCGGCCUGCGAGACAAUUCCAUUAAGAUUUGGGAUAAAACCAGCUUGGAAUGUCUGAAAGUGUUAACGGGCCACACUGGCUCUGUCCUGUGUCUCCAGUAUGAUGAGCGUGUCAUUGUUACUGGCUCUUCAGACUCCACAGUGAGAGUCUGGGAUGUGAACACGGGCGAAGUUUUGAACACGUUAAUCCACCACAACGAGGCUGUGCUCCACUUGCGCUUCAGCAACGGGCUGAUGGUGACCUGCUCCAAGGACCGCUCCAUCGCCGUGUGGGACAUGGCCUCUGCCACCGACAUCACCCUGCGCCGGGUCCUUGUCGGCCACCGGGCUGCUGUCAAUGUCGUGGACUUUGACGACAAGUACAUAGUGUCUGCCUCUGGGGACAGGACCAUCAAAGUCUGGAGCACGAGCACCUGUGAGUUUGUCCGCACUCUGAAUGGGCACAAGCGUGGCAUUGCCUGCCUCCAGUACCGGGACCGGCUGGUUGUCAGCGGGUCAUCAGACAAUACCAUAAGGCUGUGGGACAUUGAAUGUGGUGCCUGUUUGAGAGUCCUCGAGGGACAUGAAGAAUUAGUCCGAUGCAUCCGGUUUGAUAACAAGAGGAUUGUCAGCGGGGCCUAUGAUGGGAAAAUCAAAGUUUGGGACUUGCAAGCUGCUCUCGACCCCCGAGCCCCAGCAAGCACGUUGUGUCUGCGCACAUUGGUGGAACACUCUGGACGUGUGUUUCGGCUACAGUUUGAUGAAUUUCAGAUCAUCAGCAGCUCACACGAUGACACGAUUUUGAUUUGGGAUUUCUUAAAUGUGCCUCCCAGUGCCCAGAAUGAGACCCGUUCUCCCUCCAGAACAUACACUUACAUCUCCAGAUAACAGUCUGCACUUUACCCGUCUCAGGUUAUCCGUUAAUAGAGGGUGAGAAGCCUUCCUUGGCUGUGUCCUUGGAACCGAUGAUCACGUUCAUCUGGAGCAGUAAUCCCAACUGCGAAUUCCGCAAGGCGGCCUCUGCAUUCUGUGCACAUUAAACUUUGUAGAUUGAAGAAACAAUGUUGUGUGUAUUGUACUACGACGUAUGUAAAGACUGUGUUAAUAAAAUUCAUAUUUAUGUACAUUACUUAGUGCUUAGUAGCUUUUUAUCAUUGUAUAUUUUUCUACUUAUUGAAUAUUAGAAAUGUAAAGAAAGUCCAUGUGUAGAAUUGUGACAUUUGUUGGUGAAAAGAUAGGGAAUCACUGGUUUAUAGAUCACUAAGUUUACAUCUUUUCAAAUACUCCUUAUUUCUGCUCCAGGGAGUUUGACUUACUCAAGGGUCAGUAAACUACAGCGAGAGGCCAGAUUUGACCCUCUGCCCAAUCUUCUUUAUCCUUAGUACAGCAGUUUAAGAGUAGUGUUUUGCACUUCAAAUACUUUGAAAAACUUAACAGUAUUAUUUUAAGACAUGUGAAAAUUAUGUAAAAUUCAAAUUCCAGUGCCCAUAAAUAGUUUUAUUGGAAACAGUCAUGUCUGUGUCUGUGAAACCAGGAGUUCCAACAUCUAGCUCUUACCUUCUGUCCUGUAUACGCUCUCCCUCCCCAGCCACAGCUAUUGUCUGUGGCUUUUUUCGUGCUUCAGUGGCAGAAUUGAGUAGUAGUUGCAACAGAGACCAUGUGGCUGACAGCCAUCUAAAAUCUGUACACAUUCUGACCUUUUCAGAAAAGUAUGCUGACCUCUGGUCUUGCCCCAUUGUAUCUAUUAGUGGGAAGCCAGGGGUCUGCAUCAGAAAUGGCCAAUGUGUUUUUUCUUCGUGCCAGCUCAGUUUGAGCAGCAGUGCCUGGUUGGAGUACUGCUGGUCAGUAGGAAGGAUGACGGGACCCCACGUGGACCCAGGAGGACUCAGUGCCACCACAGUUGGCUCUGCCUCCUUGCCUGCAGGAGCUGAGCCACGGUGGUGACCCCUAAGUCACAUACAUCAUUGCUGUUCCUGGUCUCAGGUGUGUUCCUGCUGUAUCUUGUGAUAAUGGCCAUCUCCCUCGCUGCUUUCUCUCUGGAUAGAUUCUUUACAAGUCAGCUGAGAAAUUCACAUGCCACACUUUUUACAUUUAUUAAAUUACAGGAAAUUACAGAGGAAGAAGGCAAGGAUCUCUUGAAUGCUUGCUCAUCCCUGCCCCAGCCUUCCUUCCUCCAAAGACAAAGAAAUACAUGAGGAAGGAGGAAUGGACCUGAAUGAAAACUGGUUUCCUCCUUCCUUCCUGGGAUUUUCUUCUCCCUCUUCAGCCCACCCUUGAUCCUGCUACCAACUGUGGUUGUCUUCGCCCUGCCUCUGCCCUUCACUCGCUCCCUGUAGCCUUCAGGAACAAGGCUUGGCUAGGACUAGCUACUGGGAGUUUCACCCUCUAGCUCUUCCCUUCUGUCCUCUUUGCCCUCCCCCACCCCCGCCACUCAUUCUUCCCUCCCAAAAACGCAGCGCCCCAAUCAGACUGAAUUCUGUCCCAUUCCCCUCAUGACUCCUCAGACCUCUGGACCCUUGCUCCCCUUGCUUGCCUUGUUAGGGCUUUGUAGAGACCAGCACUCCACCUUCUCUCCUUCACCUGAUCUGACUUGGUUUAUUCUUUGGCGUUGAAAUGGUGUGCACGCCUGUCUCUUACAAGGCUGUGGCGCUCCUUUUUGUUCUGGAGCCCCAGUGUCUAACCCCGCACAGUGCACCGUGAGCGCUCACUGGCAUUGGUUGGCCACGUAUGAAAUCUGGGGCCAGCAUGACAUCUUUGUGCCCUUUCUCCUCAGCCAAACAGAAUCUGGCCAUAAAUAAAUAAGUCUGCAUAAGAAAGGGCAGUGUAAUCAUACAGUCACCUUCCACAAAUGUAAAGAGAAUAACUGAGUAAGAAAUUGGAAUAAAUUGUCCAAACUAGCAUAGUCAAAGUACUAGAUAUAUUCUUCAUAUACACAGGUGCCCAUAUGUACAUGUCUCCCUCUGCCCUUUCCCUUUGCUAAUCUCCAUUUUUGUUUUUGAAUCAAUUUUAUUGAGGUGUGAUUUUUAUAAAACAGAUUGUACCCACUUAAAGUAUACUGUGUGACAAAUUUGCAUAUCCCUGCAACUUCCUCCACAGUCCAGAUAAGAACGUUUCUAUCACCCCCAGAGGUUCCCUUGCGUCCUGGAGUCAGAACCUGACCCCACCGUAGCCUUACCAAACACUGACCUUUCUUUCACUAGAUUCGUUUCCAUUUUCCACAGUUGCACCAUCCACUUUGGUAGUCAUGAGCCAUAUGUAGCUCUUAAGCUCGAGAAAUGUGUCCAGUUUGAUUUAGGAACUGAGUUUUUAAUUACAUUUAAAUUGAAUUGGAUUUUUAAUUAUAUUUAAUUAUACUUCAUUUAAACUUAAAACAGCUACAUGUAGCUAGUGACUACCAUGUUUGGACCAGCAUCAUUGUAAGAGCUUAGCUUUGACACUUAGGUCUUUGAUCUUUUUAGAGUUAAUUUUUAUAUAUAGUGUGAGGUGAGAAUAUCAUUGUUCUUGUUUUGUAUACAGCCAUCUAGUCAUUCCAGCUCUGUUGGGUUAAGAGACUAUCCUCUUCCCAUUGAAUUGCUUCAGUACGCUGUCAAAAAGUCAGUUCCCCACUUGUUUGUAGUUGCUUUUCUGGCCUCUGUUCUGUUCUGUGAUCUAUGGCUAUCCUGUUGCCAACACCACACUGUACAAUAAGUCAACUUUAAAAACAUUGUUUUGAUUCUUUUUGAAUCUUUUGAUUCUUUUAGGUCCUUUUGGUUUUCAUACUCAUUUUUGAAUGAAAUUGUCAAAUUCUAUGAAGAUUAUGGGAUUAUGAUCCGAACUGCAUUGAGUCUAAAGAUCAUUUUGGGGAGAAUUUCCAUCUUUAACGAAUGUUGAGUCUUCUGACCCAUAAGCCCAGUAUAUCUCUUGAUCAAUUAAGUCUUCUUCAGUUUCUCUUGAGCAGGGUCUUGGCAGUUCUUAGUGUGAAGUCUUGCACAUCCUUUGUUAAGUUGACUCCAUUCUUAACUUCCAUUCUAAGCUAUACAUUUCUCUCUCUGCGUUGCUUUCGUUGUAUCCCAGUGCCUCUGCCUUUAUUUUUCCCAUGUUGGAGACGUGCGUAAAACAGAACACGGACAGCUCCAGCUGUGCCCGAGCUGAGAUGGACUGGGUCGGAGGAGUGGGUGGAUCACCCAGCAGCUUAAGUGCAUCUCUUUGGUAGUUUUGAAAUGUGCCACUCUGCCAGAGAAGCACACGACACACUCUAAGACGUCAGCAGUGUGUUUUCUCCCCGCUCUGGCAUAUUUGAUAGAUGAAUUAUAGAGCAUAGUAAACCUUCACAAAUUGGACAGCUUUUACAGACUCCACGAAACUGCCCUGAAAUGUGGUUCCUUUGAUUGAGAGAUGAAAUAAUGAUCACCAGGGCUCGCUGUCUCAUUGGCUCUGGUGGAAAGAAAGCUGAGGUGUUACUUCUUCUAGCCCCUCCUCUCACCCCUUUUCUGGGAGCCUAAGAACAACUGCGUUGUUGUGAUCCACAAUGACAAACCAGUGGAAAAAUCUUAUCUGCUUUUUAAGCAGCACAAGCAUUGAGACCUCAAAUGUGUUUGUCUCUUCAAAGUGAACUACUUUUGACAACUUUGGCAGUCAACUUUAUAAACUUCAUUGCUCUUUUCCAAGUUCUUUUCAUUUAUUGUAACAAGGAAAAAUUACUACCAUGUGAUACUGUAAGAUUUAUGCAUAAUAAGAAGCACUACCAUAAUGAUGAUUUAACCUUGCUGUAAGUACUAUAUUUACCCCUAAAAUAUAAGGUAAGAGUAUUUCUGUGUCGGGAAAUUAAGCAGUAGAUUUAUUUGCUGAGUCAUUUUUUAAAAAAUUACUGACUUCUAAGAGCUAUGUAUGCAGUAGCUCUCUUUUUUAUUAGAAGACAAUAUAGGAUCAUUAUUUGGAAAUUAGUAAAAGUUGGUAAGCCAAAAGAAGAUAAUAAAUUCCUUGGUUUGCUAUUGUUAACUCCUUUGUAUGUAGCCUUUCAGGCUUUUAAAAAUUGUGGUUGAUAACUGUGCUGCUCUCCCCCACCCUCCCUUAUUGUGAAAUUAUUGCCUGUUAGCAAGGUCACUGUUUAUCUAAAUUAUUGUUCCUAAUGGCAAAAUAAAAUUUGAUUGUUUGGA